AUGGUGGGCGAAGAAGGAAUUAUCUGCUCAGAAGCCUUGGCGGUGUCCGCCAUUUGCUUAUACAACUUCAGAUUCAUCCAUUGCAUUCGCCUAUACAACAAUAUUCUCUGCUGGCAAUUCACCAUCAUGGCCUUGCACGUGGCCCCCGUGGUGUCAUUGAGAUGCUUAGGACUGGGACCCGCUGCUGAGUUGAGAUGCACAGUUUGCUGGGUUCUCCUCUCCUGGGGCUGCCGUGCCUUUCAGCCAUCAGUCUUCAGCUUGGCGAUGGUGCUACUGGAGAUUGCAUCAUACCUCAGCGAUCUGAACAAGGAUUUGCUCGCAGCACUCUUCCUGCUUCAGCUGGUCAUUGCGUUUGGCGCUUGGGCAGGCAUGCUGCUUGCCAGCUGCUUUAGCAGCUUCUCCUUUGUACCAUUCGACCGGCAUUUGCACAAGGGGCUGCGGCACAUGUGCAUUUCUGCUGCAGCCCGGCGCUGCUUUCUGCAUGAGUUCAUCAGCCAUUUUGUGGUCCAGAUGCUGUUUGCAGAUAUUCUUCGACGUCGACUUGGAUAUCUCCCAGACCUGUGGACUGCGAUAUGCGGGGCAGUGCCCAUACAGGCUGUGUAUGCCGCGCUUGUAUUUAUCACGGCCGUCCUCAUCCCGCCUCACGGGCUACCCUACAACCUUGGCCAGAUUCCGAAGCUUCUGCGAGUUCCCGUAUCCCACUGGCUACCCCGUCCACUUGUAGGCGAUGGCGCUGUGACGCGUGUGAACACGAAGUUCCUGCCAUGGUGGGCGCGUGCAGCAUUUGACCAGGACUGGAGAAUGAGCCGGCAAAAUGCCUGCUGCAUGACAAUUCCCUGA